CAGUCAAAAAAAUUGAUAACUUCGUCUUGGUUCAGGUUCGUCUUGUUCUGCUGUUUAUGAAAUUUAAAAUGGAUAUUGCGAAUGAACUUGAUCGUUAAUUUCGUUUUCGAUAUAAUAAUGUGAUUGCCGAAUGUUCUGUGUGUCUGCGGUAGCAGAUUUAUUAUAAUUUAUUACAGUAUUUUCGCUAUUCGUGCAUUUGUUUCAUGCUCACGCCGCCGUUCUUCGUGUAAACGUUUAUCAACAAAAUCUCUGCAUUUGGAAAAUAUUCGUUCCUUCGGAACUAGAUACUCAUUUUUUUAUUAAUCGUUUACUCUAAAUCAUUCCAAGAUGGUACUCAGGUCACCGUUGAGAAUGAAUAAAAACAUCGUGUUUCCAUUCAUCAGCUGUAUAAUGAUCAUGUUAACGUUACUGGUGUUAAUUCAUAAAUCAGCCGAUGAACUAACCGCUGCCAAAAAAGAAAUUAGUCAAUGUAAACAGCAAUACGACUCGUUAUACACUCAGCUCCAAAAUGCCAUUGAAUAUAAAUUACGUUUAGAAAAAACACUACAGAAUGAGAAGGCUGACAAUAAACAGAAAAUCGAAGAUGUACAAGUUAUACUCAGUCAAGAAAAGGAAGAGAGGAGGAAAGAGAAAGAAGAAGCUGAGAAUCGUUACGAUGCGUUGAAUCAGAAAUACAGAUUCAAAGAGAGCGAAAAUAAAGACUUCAACGAUAACGUUCAAAGUCUACAGAAACAGAUUCUGGAAAAAGACGAACAGAUCAGCACCUUGACCAAACAACUUUCAUCUCUUCGUGCUGAAAAGGAGCAGUUAGUUUCUCAAAAAGACGAGCAAAUCCACGAUUUAGAAAUGAAGCUGAAAAAAUACGAUAAAGAUGCCGUAGUAGCUCCACCGAAGAAAAUGACUCCAGAAACAAUCGAUAGCGUUCCAGGCAUUCAACAACCUGAUGGAGUCCAGCCACAGAAUCCGAACGCCACUACUCCUAAAAUAGAUCCGUUAGCAUUACAAGGAGCAGCAGAAGACGAACAGAAUCAAAAAGUCGCUCCUCCCCCUCCACCACCGCCACAACAAGAAGAACAAGAAAACUCUCUUCAAAAACAAAUGCGUAAAGAUCUGAAUGCUGCUCUAAGCAAUGAACGUAAACCAGAAGAAAGCGUCAUAAACGCUCCCGAUAAGAAAGACGACGACGCAAAACUUUCCGCCAAUGCUGAAAAUAGUAAAAAUGCAGCCAACAUGGUUCUUCCUAUGCCCAACAUGGACCAAAUUAACAAAAAACCUCAACCCAGCGUCGCCAGUAACAAUGUCGGCGAAUUGCCUCAAAUCGAAGAACGCCAAAAAAACAUCCCUCCACCUAAUCAAAAUGCCGUUGAAAAAAUACUUCCAAAGCAAAUGAAAGAUUACAACGCUGAUUACAACAAAGAUACUUUCGGCGAGGAAGACGGAGAAGAAGGAGAAUACAUGGAUAAUGAUGUAGGAAAAGGACAAGUAAUUCCGAGGAAAGAUUUUAAACAUUUUGAAGAAAAUAUGAACGAAGGAGGCGGCGAAUCGGUAGUAAUCCAUCCAAAAUAAACAGUGAAAAUUACUCCUCAUCUUUUGAGCAAAUCAUCACAAUUUUCGUGGUACUUGUACUCGUGCCAUCUACAAUCUUCGACUGCAUUUUAUUAAUUUAUUUUUCCCGCCCUUUUUAUAUGUACUUACGAUUUAUACUGAUUAUUUUUUUACGAAUGUGUAAAGUAGAUAUAACACUACAUCGACAUUUUAAUGUGUGUAUAGGUAAGCCAGUCGACUACACUUUUUUUUACAGGGCAUUAGACAAAGGACUUUUUCUUAGAUAGAAGUUGAAUUUGCGUACUCGUAUUUUAUUAUAAAGACAGUAUUACAAAUUAUGAUAAUCAUCUCGAUAUGUGUGCUUGACGUACUUAAGUAAUUUGUAUAUCUUCUUUACGUAAAUUAUCAUAGACAUUUUUCCUGGGAUUGUGAAAUAUGUACCCGUAUAUCUAGUGUUACCACUUCCUAAUCGAUCGAUACUCAAAUAGUAUUAUAAUAGGUAUUUAUUUUACAUAUGAAAGACUUACGUAUUACAAAUACCUGGUAGUUCUUCUCAAAGAUCUUAUUGAAUUAAGUUUUAUUUAUUUAUUUUUCGAUACGAAUUUACAAACGGAUAAUAAUUUCUUAUUUUUCUAAAAAAUAAGACAUAUCGAUAAGCUUUUUUAAUCGUGAAUUUUUUUAAAUAAGUUUACGUAUUUUAAACCCAUUUUAGCAAAAAAAUUUACUACCGAAGCGAAGUAAUUAGGUAUUAGAAUAAUAAAUCACGCAGAUACGAAAUUACUUCGUAGCAGUGAAGCUUCGAAAAACGAAAUUAGCUUUGAUUUUUACGAACUAAGGCGAAACUUUCAACAAUUUGGCAAUGAUACAAAGUAUUCAGAGCCUCAGAGGUCAUAUAAAAACUAGCUCGAUAGUACUUUUUUAAUUUUAUUUUUCAAAUAGGUAUAUUUUACCGCUCUCUAAAAUAUAAAAAAAAUCAGCAAAUGUAUUUUUUUUAUCGCCUGUGUGUAUUUCUUUUUAUGUUAGUUCGCGACUUUGUACGAAUGUAUGUGUUAAAUGUAGCGUGUUUUUGAUUCUUUUUUUUCUAAAACAUGUAAUUUUAAUGAAAUAUAAAUUUUUUUCUGUCUCGA